GUAGCUCAGGAGCAACACUCCAAAGAAUAUUUUUUUUCUACAUACCAAAGACGCCAGGAACCGCGAAUGCCCAUUGUAGCUCUCAUGCAACACCUUGUGUUUCGCCACCUACAACAUAGAUGGCAGCACGUGCCCUGAUUUUAUUCUAUACCCCAACUUGCUUGCGUCGGCAGCCACGUUUUUUUGGGUGCUCCGCCAAUAUGAGUGGUACCGGAAGAAAUGGACACCUUACUGAAGAAGAAAUUCAAGAGCUAAUAUUUUUGCCUGAUGGGGAUAUUUCUGAUAUGGAGAUUGACAGUGAUCCCGAUGACCCUGACUAUGACCCUGCGGCUGACCUUCAGUUUAUCAAUCUCUGCCCUUUGGAAGUCGUGAGGGACAUUGAUACCUCUAUGAACGCUCAAGAGGAAGCGUGCUUACCACACAGGCCAUCAGAGACACUAUCAACCAAGCCGUCAGUUCCUCCUCAAUCCCGGAUGGCAUCAAAAAGAAAGGAUUCUAGAAAAUGGAUACGAGAUGACAUUGUGUUCACUGAUCAUGAGUGGAAAGGAUCAUUGCCACCCCCCCCCUGAAGAACUUCCCACUCCAUACGAGUACUUUGCGAAGUUUUUUGAUGAAAUGAUGUGCGAAAGACUCACAUUUGAAACAAACCUCUACAGUGUGCAACAGUCUGGCAAGAGUUUGGGUGUUACUGGCGAAGAGAUGAGGAAGUACUUGUCUAUCCUUGUGCUCUGUGGUGUCAUAAAAAUGCCGCAGUUCAGAAUGUUCUGGCAGGGUGGGACAAGAUAUGCACCUGUUGCAGACCUGAUGAGCCGGAACAGGUUUGAGGAGAUACAUCGCUUUUUACACAUGAACAACAACAUGGAGCAGAAACCAAAAGGAAGCGAGGGACAUGACAAGCUCUUCAAAGUCCGUCCCAUUAUAGACGCGCUCCGACAGAACCUAAGACUGGUGCCACCGGAAGAAAAGCAAAGCAUCGAUGAGCAAAUCAUACCAUUCAAGGGCCGCAGCCAGAUGAAGCAGUACAUCAAAGCGAAGCCACACAAAUGGGGCUUCAAGGUGUUCACGAGGGCCAGCUCGUCGGGCAUAAUGCACGAUUUUGUCAUUUAUGAAGGUAAAGGCACUGCAACAGACCAUGGAUUAGGGAUCUCUGGAGAUAUCGUUCUUGAUCUUGUCAGGGACCUACCACAAGGGAUAAACCACAAAGUCUUCUUCGACAACUGGUUUUCCAGUUUGCGUCUGGUUGAACAUCUAAAAAAAGAGGGCUACCUGUUAGUGGGAACUGUCAGGUCAGACCGAACUGAAAAAUGCCCCUUGGCUCUGGACUUCGAGCUAAAAAGUCAAGGUAGGGGUGCCGUGGACUACAAACUAGAUGCUGAAAGUGGGGUUCAAGUCAUCAAGUGGCUUGACAAUGCAACUGUACAGUUGGUGUCAAGUUACGCUGGCGUUCAGCCUACUGACACGUGCACCCGUUGGAGCAACAAAGAAAAAAAACAGAUAGAAGUGACUCGACCAAUUGCAGUAAAAGAGUACAAUGACUCAAUGGGAGGUGUCGACCUCGCAGAUAUGCUCAUCGAGUUAUAUCGUACCGACCACAAGUCACGAAAGUGGCACAUGAGGAUCUUCUACUGGACCAUUGAUGUGUCCAUCGUGAAUGCCUGGUUGCUCUACAAGCGUCAUUGCAAGGCGACAGACACCCGAAAGCCACUUUCGCUGCUAAGAUUCAGGAUGCAUGUGGCUGAGGCGCUUGGCUUGAGAAAUGCCAAUAAACAAAAACGGCAGUCUCGUUCAGAAGACGAAGCAUCGCCAAAUCAAAGCGCUAAGCAUCCAAGAAUGCAGAAGCCGGUGGACGAUGUUCGGUACGACGGUGUUCAGCACUGGCCAGUCAUUGGGAAAAAAAGGCAACGCUGCAGGUCCUGCUCAAAAGGAUUCAGUUUCCUCUACUGCAGCAAGUGCAACGUGCAUCUCUGCCUGAUCCCCAGCAGAAACUGCUUCAUGGCAUUUCACACUAAGUAGUGGUCCCGAAUGCCCAAUGUAGCUCAGAAGCAACAUUCCACAAAAGCAUAACCAUUAAAGCCAAUUUUUAAAUUUUUGUUGCAAAUCGUUUUUUUACUCGUUUUGAAUUAACCCUGAAAGUUUCACCUCAUUCUUUCACCGGGAAAGUAGUUUGGGCAUCAAAG